AACAGCAGCAAGAUAAGGAACUCUGAUAAGAAAUUUAAUUUUAAUUGAAGUAUAGAUAGUGUGAAAACAUUGAUCCAAUGAAUGUAUAAUAUGACUAUUGACUAACAAAAUUGAAAAGUUGAAAUGGGACCCGCAUAAUUGUGAAGUGUCAUUCAAAAGUUGAAUGAAAUCUUUGUUACUAUCCAUGCAAUUGGACAAAACUUAAUCUUCUGACUUUAGAAGCAAAUUUAUGAAUAAAUGAAAAUUGCGAAUGAAACGCUAUUUUUUGCAAGUGGAAACGUAUAGUAUAAAAUUUCCAAAUAUAAGCAAAAAUUUUUACUAUUACAAAAAGAAGCCCCCGAAGUUUUUAGAAAUUUAGGCGAUAUUUAGGAGAGCAAUAGUAUUCGUGACAUUUUAUUGUUAGCGAGAGAAAAAAAAGUCUCGUUUGCAAGAUUAUAACAAGUUUAAUCCGAUAUUGUUGUUUUGAUGUUGUCAUGUUGCCAAAAAUAGCAACAUGGAUUUCCCCUUUCUUAUGUUUUCUUGGAAGAAAUGACAAGAAUUCGUUUGAAAAACUUCGCAACAGAAGAUUUGCUGUAGAAAAAGAAAGAAAUUAUAUUCUAGUUUUCCGGAGAAUAUGUAAUCAGAAUAUAUCUGGUGAGAUUUUCAACUAUCAAAUGGGAGGUUGGUAGUUCAAGAUCAUGUUAAAGAACCCAAGUCAGGAUAUAGUUGUUGGUACUUGAUAUGGCUGCGAACAACUCAUCUACAAACAAAUUUGAACCUCGGGAAUAUCAGUUGGAACUCCUCGAGGCAGCAAAGCAGAAGAACAUCAUUGUGUGCCUGGGCACUGGAACUGGCAAGACUUUUAUUAGCAUCAAAUUGAUCGAACAUCUGGCAAGAGAAGACGACAUACUCAGACCCUUUUCCGAAGGUGCUAAGAGGACAUUCUUUUUGGUCAACAGUGUUCCUUUGGUUUUCCAACAAGCGCAAGCAAUUAGAGAUCACACUGCACUCAGUGUCAAGGAGUUUUGUGGUGAGAUGGGUGUGGAUUUCUGGUUAAAAUCCCAAUGGCUAGAAAAUUUUCAAGACAACCAUGUAUUGGUUAUGACACAUCAGAUCUACCUUGACCUCAUACAACAUGCCAGAUAUGGAUUCAGUUUACUUCAAGCUAACUUGUUAGUCUUUGAUGAAUGUCAUCAUGCAAAUAAAAACCACCCGUUUAAAAAAAUCAUGGACUGUUUUGCGGAUGUUCCACGUCAUCAACAGCGAGGUCUGCCAAAAAUUCUUGGUCUAACUGCAUCAGUUGUUGGCAAGAAGGUGAAGCCCUAUCAGAUCGGAGAUGAAAUAAAAAAGCUGGAACGGACAAUGAGAAGCAUUUGUAAAACUGCGCAGGACCCAUAUAUUGUAGAGAAGUAUGGAGCAAAGCCUAAAGAGAUUAUGAGAUCCUAUUCAUCUUCAAACCAUUUAGACAGUGUUGCAAUGUUUUUGGAAAGUGAAUUCCAUUCUGUUUUAAAUCCUCUGGAGGCAUUCUUAGAGAACAUGAAGGUUUUAAAAGAGAGAGGUGGCUCUCAAGAAGUCAUCAAAAAGGAGUUGGAUGUUGCAAGGGCUGCUGUCCGUGAAUGUUUAUCAGCAUUGGAUGAAAUUGGGAUCUGGGCAGCAUAUGAAGUAUCAAGGAUGUUAGUUGAGGAUUUGGAAAAAAGAAGCAAAAAAGUCAGUUCUGGUUUAUCACCUCACGCAAAGACUGCGGGUCUGCUCCUUCAGACAACAGUGACCAGUUUACGAGAACUUCGCUGGAGAUACGACGAAUUUUCCAUAGCAAACAUGAAAGGCAAAGAGAAAAUUCAACAAGAAUAUUUGAAACCGAAAGUGAAGGAACUUCUGAAUCUCUUUUCCAAGUAUAAAGGUGACCAAUCUAAAAUGUGUUCGAUCGUGUUCGUCCGAAGAAGGUACGCAGCUUGCGUGAUAAGCAAACUGAUCAACGCUCUGGCGUCGUCGGAAAGCGAUGAAUAUCGACAUCUCAGCUCAGAUUUUGUAACCGGUCAUGGCUCUGAGCUGCCAGGCGUUUCUGCAACGGAGAUGAACUUUAAGAAACAGCAGGAAACGUUGACGAAAUUCCGCACUGGGACGUUCAACGUGCUCGUGGGAACGAGUGUCGUGGAGGAAGGUGUGGAUAUCCCAAAAUGCAACCUCGUUGUCAUGUUUGAUUUCCCACAAAACUAUCGAGCGUUCGUUCAGUCGCGCGGCCGGGGUAGAGCAAAGGAUGCGAAAUAUGUGAUGUUGGUUGCAAGAGGUGAACUUCAGGGAAAAAGACUAGAGCAAGAGAUGUAUCAAAGUGUCGAUGAUCAUUUAAGAGAGUUGUGUCAAGCCGAUCGUGACGGACCUACGGAGGAAGAAAUCAACGAGGAAGUGAACGAGUAUCCACUUGAAAAAUACUUCACAAAGAAAGGUGGAAAACUUGACAUGGGAAAUUCCGUUAAUCGUUUGUACAGAUACUGCUCAAAACUACCGUGUGAUAGAUUUACUCGCCUCAAACCAAUUUUUACAAUUCAUGAUGCGGAUGGAAUGUAUCAAUGUUUUUUGAAAAUGCCUGGAAACAGUCAUAUUACUGGAAUAAUUAAGGGCGAGCCAAUGGAAAACAAGGAGGAUGCAAGACGUGCAGUCGCGUAUAAAGCGUGCAUUGAGUUGCAUGAACAACAUGGUGCUUUGGAUGACCAUCUUUUGCCAGUCGAGAGCAGCUCUGAAAGCGAGAGUGACGAAGAUGACGUGGUUGAUGGUUCUUCACAGCACAAAACAGGGACAAAGAAGAGAGUGAGAUUACAUCGUGUCAAGACAUCAGAUCAACUGUAUGGACACGGGACAAUAAAUAACACUAAAAAGCUGUACGUAUACGCCAUCAAUAUGGAGUUUUGUGAAGUUUACAACACCAUCAAGAAGAGGCUAUGGGACAGGAAGAAUGUUUCCCUUGGGAUUAUAACCUGUGAAAGGUUGCCAGUUGAUCAGUUAUUACCGUUCCAUCUGUACAACGAUAUUGGCAAAUUAGAGGUGACUCUCGAUGAACGCUGCCAGUUAAAAACGGUACCGUCUCGCAGACACCUUAAUAUUCUCGACUGGUUUCACAAGUUUAUUUUUGCUGAAACUCUAGAAUUGAAACUCGGCGCUUUCAAGAAUUACGGUUGCCGUAUUAUUUUAUUAAACUGUGACAAUGCUACGACUCAAACUACACGAGCUGUUUCUACCAGCUCAAGUAUCAUUAACUUCGAUGCAAUGGAGACACUUCGAAAAAAUGCGACGGAAAGUGACGGUCGUUUAACCUCGAACCCAGAUCUCUGGGACUCGGUUGUCAUUCAGGAUUAUCUAGGCCCAAGGAAGCAAGGACAUCAUAUGGUCAAAUCUGUAACUGAUAAAUCCGCCCUUAGUGCCUUUCCUGAUCUGGAAGUUGCUGCGACGUUUCAGGAAUAUCAUGAAGGAAAGUACCAAACCAAAAUAAAGAAUCUUUCCCAAUCUCUACUGGAAGUUAUUCAUCAUAGUCGUAAUAUUGAUUGCCGGACGAAUCGAUACGGGAAUCCCAGCCGAAGUAAGGAGAUGUUUCUCAUACCGGAAACAUUACUAUUCAGAACAAGUCCUCAAUCGUUGACACUUCGCGCUCUUUUUCUCCCGGCAAUAUUAUUCCGCGUCGAUAGCUUCGUUUCCAUGAUUGAACUGCGAGAUACAAUAUCCACGGAGAUUGCUGCCAACUCUGCAUACAUACACAAUACCCAAGAAUCUCCACGGAAAAGAUGUAAGCUCAUGGAUAUCGGCAGUGCGGGGAAAAACCUUCAUUCGUCUCUUGUAAAGUACUUCUCUCCAUUCGAACGCGACAGUUCAGUACCAUUACUCCAAUUACUGGAGGCAGUCACGUGUGCCCGAUCUAACGAUGAUUUCAGUCUUGAGAGGCUAGAAAUGCUUGGUGACUCAUUUCUUAAAAUGGCCGUCAGUAUUCAUGUUUUUUCACAUAAAAAUCACAAAGACGAGGGCAAAUUAACAAAGUAUCGCACACGGCAGAUUUCAAACAAAAACCUUUUGAAGCUGGCGAUGGAGAAAGACCUCCCGAAGUUUAUCAAAUACAUUGGCUUCUCUAAGCCGAAGGAGACUUGGCGUCCACCUGGAUUUGCCUCCUGCAAGCAAGUUUUCGUAAACGGAAACCUUUCCUCUUCCAGCGAUGAUUUCGACGACGUCACUGAUAGCGCCAUCCGGGACCGUAACCACGUCAUCGAUGACGCCAUAACACAGGAGAUCCCGGAUAAGAGUGUCGCAGACAGCAUGGAGGCGCUUAUUGGAGCACAUUUUAUACAUUGUGGAUACAUAGGGGCACUGAGGUUCAUGACAUGGUUAGGCGUGGAUGUAUUUCACGAGGAGAACACUACGGAUGAAGCGCUAAAUAAUAACGGACGCAGAGUAUCUCCAACCCCCCAGGAUCUCUCUAAGUAUGCUAACUAUCCCCUACAAACCCUAGAGAUCCCCGCAGACGAAGACAGGGCACGAUAUAAAGAAAUUCUAGCUAAACAGACCAAAGAAAUGGCUUCGUUUGAGAGGAAAAUUGGUUAUACCUUUAAAAACAAGGUUUUAUUGCUCGAAGCAUUCACUCAUCCGUCGUACAGCGAUAACACCAUAACUGGCUCCUACCAACGUCUCGAGUUCUUGGGUGACGCAAUUCUUGAUUUCCUGGUCACCCAACACAUCUACAACAACUGUAAGAAAGACCUGACUCCUGGUCAACUUACGGACCUGCGUUCAGCUCUCGUGAACAACAACAUCUUCGCUAUUAUUUCAAUAGAAAAUAACUAUCAUAAAUACAUCAAGGAAUAUUCACCCCAUUUGUUUAGUACCAUUGGUAAUUUCGUGAAAGGUGUUGAACUAUACAAAAACAGUCUUGGGACUAACAAGGUGAGCCCAGAUCCUUACGUGAUCGCCGUACAGAGUGGCAGCAGUGAUGUGGAAUGUAUUGAAGCUCCGAAACCUCUGGGUGAUGUUUUUGAGUCGGUUGCUGGUGCGAUAUUUCUUGACAGCGGUCUGGAUGUCCUCGAAGUCUGGAGAGUCUGUUAUCCAAUGCUUAAGAAGUUCAUUGAUGAGUACUCGAAGAACGUGCCAAAAAAUCCAAUGAGAAGAGUUAAUGAACUUGACGUGAGUGCGGAAUACAGCCGGGCAGAGAUAUUAGAAGACGGUAGAGUGUCUAGUGUUCUUAAAUUCAAAGGUCGCGAGUAUAAAGGUUUUGGGAUAAAUAAACGAAAUGCUAAACUUUCUGCUUCCUAUAGGGCUUUGAAAACAAUCGAUGACAAAAAAUAGUUAGCGUUUAAAAAUUAUUGGUAUGCGGGUCAACCAAAUAAUUGUUUUAUUUAAACGUAGUUUUUACAAUAUAAUAAGUUAAUAUUUUGGGAAUUUAUAAAUAGUUGAGAUUGGGUAAACAAUGCAUUUUAGAAAAAAAUAAUUAAAUUAAUGAAAAAAGUUACGGACAAUGUUCUUUUAUAAACCACCCAGUGCCGUAACUAGAACGAUAAUUCGGGGGUUGUUA